AUGGACGUGGAUGCUGAGAGAGAAAGGAUCUCCAGGGAGAUCCAGCAGCUGGAGAGGAUCUUGGACCCCUGCUGCUCGAGCCUCAGCGUGGAUGUCUCGGAGUCCAGUCUCGACUCAGAUUCGGAUGCAGAUUCGCUGCCCGACGAGGACUCGGACUCAGACGCCGCUGGCCCACUGCUGUCGGAGGAAGAGAGGUGGGGUGAGGCCAGCAACGACGAGGACGACCCCAAGGAGAAGGCGCUCCCUGAAGACCCGGAGACCUGCCUGCAGCUGAACAUGGUCUAUCAGGAGGUGGUCCGGGAGAAGCUGGCAGAGGUCAGCCUGCUGCUGGCCCAGAACCGGGAGCAGCAGGAGGAAAUCAUGGGCGACCUCGCAGGUGUCAGGGGCCCCAAGGUGAAGGACGGCAGGAGCCCGCCCCCGAACCUAUACCUCGGACACUUCAUGAAGCCCUACUUCAGGGACAGGGUCACGGGAGUGGGGCCUCCUGCCAACGAGGACACGCGAGAGAAGGCUGCCCAGGGCAUCAAGGCUUUCGAGGAGCUCCUGGUGACCAAGUGGAAGACCUGGGAAAGGGUCCUGCUCAGGAAGUCGGUGGUGAGUGACCGCCUGCAGCGGCUGCUCCAGCCCAAGUUGCUCAAGCUGGAGUACUUGCAGCAGAAGCAGAACAGGGCCACGAGCGAGCUGGAGAGGCAGGUCCUGGAGAAGCAGGCCAGGGAGGCGGAGAAGGAGGUGCAGGAUAUCAAUCAGCUCCCGGAGGAGGCCCUGCUAGGCGACAGGCUGGACGGCCAUGACUGGGACAAGAUCUCCAACGUCAAUUUCGAGGGAGGCCGCAGCACGGAGGAGAUUCGCAAGUUCUGGCAGAACUACGAGCACCCGAGCAUCAACAAGCAGGAGUGGAGCGAGCAGGAGGUGGCUCAGCUGAAGGCCGUCGCGGCCAAGCACGGCCACCUGGACUGGCAGAGGAUCGCCGAGGAGCUGGGGACACGCCGCAGCGCCUUCCAGUGCCUGCAGCAGUACCAGCAGCACAAUCCAGCCCUGAAGCGCAAGGAGUGGACGGAGGAGGAGGACCGCGUACUCACGCGGCUCGUGCAGGCCAUGCGCGUUGGCAGCCACAUCCCCUACCGGAGGAUUGUCUACUACAUGGAGGGGCGGGACUCCAUGCAGCUCAUCUACCGCUGGACCAAGAGCCUGGACCCCGGCCUGAAGAAGGGGCUCUGGGCCCCAGAGGAGGACGCGAAGUUGCUGCAAGCAGUUGCCAAGUAUGGGGAGCAAGAUUGGUUUAAAAUCCGGGAAGAGGUGCCAGGUAGGAGCGAUGCCCAGUGCCGAGAUCGAUAUAUCAGAAGGUUACAUUUCAGCUUGAAAAAGGGACGAUGGAAUCCUAAAGAAGUGGAGAAGUUAAUUGAAUUGAUAGAAAAAUACGGUGUCGGUCACUGGGCAAAAAUAGCCUCUGAACUACCCCAUCGGUCAGGCUCCCAGUGCCUGAGCAAAUGGAAGAUCAUGGUCAGGCAGCGGCAGCGGCAGGCCCGGCGGCGGGCCCCUCGUAGGGCGCACUGGAGCCCCAGCAGCGGGAGCAGCAGUGACGGCAGCUGGGAGGACUCAGAGCCCGAGGCGGCCCCGAAGGACGCCCCAGAGGAGGCCCAGGCGGGCAGCCCGGAGCCGCCGCCAGCUCCGUACACUGUGCCAGACAUGGACCUGUGGGUGCCCGCCCGGCAGAACCCUGAGGAGCUGUGGGGAGCGGGCGCUGGGGGCUGCCCACGCCCUCCUGAGGGCCCCGACACGGCCCCGGCCAUGGCCCCGGCCCCCGCAGGGCAGCUGGCCUCCAGGAGGCGGAGCACCAACCCAAGGAGCAUCAGGUGCCUCUGCCCAGCCAUUGCUCACUGCUGGAGCUCCGAGGGGCCGCUGGGCAAGGUGGGUGCAGGGGGCGGCAUGCCCCUGCCUGGGGGUCGCCGGGGCUGCGCCCAGUGCCUGUGUCCCAGAGGCCUUUUCCUCCCACAGCAGGAGAGGCCUGGCUCAGCCCCAGGACCCAGCCCUGGUAGCAGCAGCAGGGACGAGGCCAGGCCCCGCGUGCGGCCACCAUGGGCCAGGACCAUGCAACAGCGCCAGGGGCACGCCCUGCAGUGGAGGCUCCUGGAGCACAAGCUGCUGAUGGCUGUGAGCCCGUGGGUGGGAGAGGUCGACCUGCUGUGCGUGCGCCCGAGGCCCGCCAUGCGGCCGCGUCGAGCUGAUGGCAUCAGGAGACAGCUGCAGGGCGCCCACUUGGCCAGCACCCCAGUGUUCGCCCUCUUCAUUCAGCUGUUCCAGAUUGACACGCCUGGCUGUGUGGAGGUGGUUCGAGAGAGGAAGGCCUGGCCGCCUGCCCUGCUCCAGGCUGGGGCCUGGGACCCGCCGCCCCCGCAGGUGAGGACUGAGGGUGACGUGCGUUCUAUCCUCCCCGCAGGCUGCCUCACCCAGAGCGUGCCGGCCCAAGGGGCCGCAAAGCAGGGCACCUACCCUGAGGUGGGCAGAGGGACGCAGGCCUGCUGCACAGCGUCCAUGCCCCCAGCACUUGCCCCGGCCCCGUGCAGACCCCGGCCCAAGCCCAAGACGGUGUCUGAGCUGCUUCGGGAGAAGCGUCUGCGGGAGGCCCGAGCCAGGAGGGCCGCGCAGGGCCCCGCCAUCCUCCCGGCCCGCGUGCUUGUCUCCUCGCCCGUGGUCCUCCAGCCGCUGGCCCCCCCAGCUGCCCCAGUGCCCAGCGUCAUGCUCUCCAGGCCUGGAGGCCCUCCGGUGGCCAGUUCCACUGCUUCAGGCUCCUGGGUGCCAGCCAAGGAUGAGCAAGCCCCGACUCUGCACGCCUCUGCCCUCGGCCCGGCCGCCUCCAGGGCCCCCGGUCCGGUCCCUGCGAGCUGCCCGCUGAGUGCUCUUGGGCAGUCUCAGAGCCCUGCCACGUCCCGGAAGCAGGGCCUGCCCGAGGUGCCCCCCUUUCUGCCAGCAGCCCCCAGCCCCGUCCAGCUGCCCAUCCAGUCCCUCAGCCUGACGCCAGCCCUGGGCACGCCCACGGCAGCUGGCAGCUCUCUGCCCGUCACCUGGGUCCUCACAGCACAGGGGCUGCUCCCCGUACCCCUGCAGGCCGUGGUGAGCCUGCCAACGCCGACGGGGGCUCCUGACCCCACACGGCUGUCAGUGACCCUGCCGCCCUCACCCACUGAGACCCCAGCCAGCCGGGGCCCCAGGUUCCCUGAGCAGAGCCGCCCUGGGCCACCAGCAGCCAGCACAGACUCGGAGCCAGAGCCUCCCUGCAGGACAGAGUCCUUGAGCGAGAGCCCCGCAGAGGUGGCCGAGGCCUGUGGCCUCGUGGGACUCACCUCCCCUGGGGAGGCCCUGGCGGCUGGGGAGACAUCUGCACCCACGACCCGCUCCCAGGAAACGCCCCUGGCCCACCACCCAGUGACCGGGCCCCCUGGCUCCAGCCCACCGCCUCUGCACGGGGCCCCAGGGGCUGCCUCAGGGCCCAGGGAGCCCCGGCCUCUGGACCUGGAGGAGCCCCCGCUCUCCUGGCUGGGGCUGGAGAACGAAGCCCUGGACUUGAGCCUCCUUUCCCAGGAGAGCGAGGCCGCUGCGCGGGAGUGGCUAUGGGGGCAGCGAGGGGUGACUGCGCCCACCCCAGGGAGCCGGCUGGCCUACCAGCCGCCCAUGCUGUGCAGCCUGCGGGCGCUGUCCAGCCUCCUGCUGCGCAAGAAGGACUUGGAGCACAUGGCCGCGGUCCUGGCACCCGGCGGGCCGGCCAGCGCCCUGCAGGCCUCGCUGGGGCGGGUGCGCGAGCGGCUCCGCGACAGCCCGGCCUACCUGCUGCUGCGGGCGCGCUUCCUGGCCGCCUUCACCCUGCCGGCGCUCCUGGCCACCCUGUCCCCCCGCGGCGUCCCCACCACCCUGUCGGUGAGCACCGGGCCUGACCCCGAGACAGACAGUGACCAACUCGACCCGGAGGAGCCGGAGCUCACCGACAGUGAUGGGGACCCCACCCAGGUAGGCUGUCGUGGGCCCUCAGCCCCUUUCCCACGGGGCCCUCACCGGCGGGGAGCCCCGGACCCCAGCCAGGGCCCUGCCCCUUCCUGCCCAGACAGCCCUGACGACCCAGACGUGCUGCAGACACGGCGCUUGAGGCACGUCCGCAAGCGGCGGCGGCUGCAGUGA